CAACAUCCUAUGUGUGUCUCUGUCCUGCAGGCACCGUGGUCUCCCCUAUCUGCACAGCCGGGGCCGUGGGAGGAGACGCCAUGACCCCCACCCUCACGGCCCUGCUCUGCCUCGGGCUGACUCUGGACCCCAGGACCAGCGCGCAGACAGGGACCCUCCCGAAACCCACCCUCUGGGCUGAGCCAGACUCUCUGAUCACUUGGGGGAGCCCUGCUACCAUCUGGUGUCAGGGGACCCUGGGUGCCAAGGAGUACCGUCUGGAGAAAGACAGAAUAUCAGUGCCCUGGGACACACAGAAACCACUGGAGCCUGGGAACAAGGUCAAGUUCAACAUCUCAUCCAUGACAGAGCAGUAUGCAGGGCGAUAUCACUGUUACUAUCACAGCCCUUAUGGAUGGUCAGAGUCCAGUGACCCCCUGGAGCUGGUGGUGACAGUACCCUACGGAAAACCCACCCUCUCAGCCCUGACCAGCCCUGUCGUGACCCCAGGAGAGAAUGUGACCCUCCAGUGUGUCUCACAGUUUGUAUUUGGCAUGUUCAUUCUGAUUGAGGAAGGAGAACACAAGCUCUCCUGGACCCGGGACUCACAGCGAACCUAUGGGCAGUACCAGGCCCUGUUCCCUGUGGGCCCCGUGACCCCCAGCCGCAGGUGGAUGUUCAGGUGCUACGGCUAUUACAGGAACUCCCCACAGGUGUGGUCGGAACCCAGUGACCCCCUGGAGCUACUGGUUUUAGGUGUGUCUAGGAAGCCCUCCCUGCUCACCCUGCAGGGCCCUGUCCUGGCCCCUGGACAGACCCUGACCCUCCAGUGUCACUCUGAUGUCAGCUAUGACAGAUUCGCUCUGUCCCAGGAGGGGGGAGAUGUCCUCCCCCAGCGCCCUGGCCGGCAGCCCCAGGCUGGGCUGUCUCAGGCCGAAUUCCCCCUGGGCCCUGUGAGCGGCUCCCACGGGGGCCGGUACAGAUGCUACGGUGGACACAACCUCUCCUCCGAGUGGUCGGCCCCCAGCGACCCCCUGGACAUCCUGAUCACAGGACAGCUCCCUGACAGACCCUCCCUCUCAGUGCACCCGGGCCCCAUGGUGGCCUCGGGAGAAAACGUGACCCUGCUGUGUCAGUCAUCGAGGAGGACAGACACAUUCCUUGUGACCAAGGAGGGGGCAGCCAAUCCCCCCCUGCGUCUCAGAUCAAACUACACAGCUCAACAGUACCAGUCUGAAUUCUCCAUGAGUUCUGUGACCUCAGCCCACAGGGGGACCUACAGGUGCUAUGGCUCACUCAGCACCUCCCCCUACCUGUUGUCACUGCCCAGUGACCCCCUGGAGCUCGUGGUCUCAGGAGCACCUGAGACCAUCAGCCCAACACCAAGUAAGUCAGACCCUACCGGUGCCCCACCCCCCCAGGAUUACACAGUGGAGAAUCUCAUCCGCAUGGGCGUGGCUGGCUUGAUCCUUGUGGCCCUCGGGAUUCUGCUGUUUCAGGACUGGCACAGCCAGAGAAGCCCCCAAGAUGCAACACAGAGAUGUGACAACCUCAUGAUGGGAAGGACCCAGCCUCCAAGUGGCCACACCCUGUGUGCCUCUCUGUCCUGCAGGCACCGUGGUCUCCUCCAUCUGCACAGCCGGGGCCGUGGGAGGAGACGCCAUGACCCCCACCCUCACGGCCCUGCUCUGCCUCGGGAACUCUCUUCCAGGGCUGAGUCUGGACCCCAGGACCCACGUGCAGGGACCCUCCCCAAACCCACCCUCUGGGCUGAGCCAGACUCUGCGAUCACCUGGGGGAGCCCUGCUACCAUCUGGUGUCAGGGGACACUGGAUGCCAAGGAGUACCGUCUGGAGAAAGAUGGAAGAUCAGUGUCGUGGGACACACAGAAACCACUGGAGCCUGGGAACAAGGCCAAGUACAACAUCCCAUCCAUGACAGAGCAGUACACUGGAAAGUAUCGCUGUUACUAUUACAGCCCUUAUAGAUGGUCAGAGCCCAGUGACCCCCUGGAGCUGGUGGUGACAGGAUCCUAUGGCAAACCCACCCUCUCAGCCCUGCCGAGCCCUGUCGUGACCCCAGGAGGGAACGUGACCCUCCAGUGUGUCUCACAGUUUGUAUUUGGCAUGUUCCUUCUGGUUGAGGAAGGAGAACACAAGCUCUCCUGGACCCGGGACUCACAGCAAACCUCCUACGGGCAGUACCAGGCCCUGUUCCCUGUGGGCCCCGUGACCCCCAGCCGCAGGUGGACGUUCAGAUGCUACGGCUAUUACAGGAACUCCCCACAGGUGUGGUCGGAACCCAGUGAGCCCCUGGAGCUACUGGUCUCAGGUGUGUCUAGGAAGCCCUCCCUGCUCACUCCACAGGGCCCUGUCCUGGCCCCUGGACAGACCCUGACCCUCCAGUGUCGCUCUGAUGUCGGCUAUGACAGAUUCGCUCUGUCCCAGGAGGGGGGAGAUGUCCUCCCCCAGCGCCCUGGCCGGCAGCCCCAGGCUGGGCUGUCUCAGGCCGAAUUCCCCCUGGGCCCUGUGAGCGGCUCCCACGGGGGCCGGUACAGAUGCUACGGUGGACACAACCUCUCCUCCGAGUGGUCGGCCCCCAGCGACCCCCUGGACAUCCUGGUCACAGGACAGCUCGCUGACAGACCCUCCCUCUCGGCACAUCCGGGCUCCAUGGUGGCCUCAGGAGAGAAAGUGACCCUGCUGUGUCAGUCAGGGAGCAAAAUGGACACGUUCCUUCUGACCAAGGAGGGGGCAGCCGAUCCCCCCCUGCAUCUCAGAUCAAACUACACAGCUCAAUGGUACCAGUCUGAAUUCCCCAUGAGUCCUGUGACCUCAGCCCAUGGGGGGACCUACAGGUGCUACGGCUCACUCAGCACCUACCCCUACCUGUUGUCACUGCCCAGUGACCCCCUGGAGCUCGUGGUCUCAGGAACAUUUGGGCACUCCGGCCCCCCAGCCGCAGGGCCCUCCUCAGGACCUGGUCAGGGAAGGUUCCUGGAGGUUCUGAUAGGGGUGUCGGUUGCCUUCGUCCUGCUGCUCUUCUUCCUCCUCUUCCUCCUCCUCCGACACCGGCGUCGGGGCAAACACAGGUCAUCGGCCCAGAGGGAGGCUGAGCUCCCACGUCCUGCGGGGGCUGCGGAGCCAGAGCCCAAGGACAGAGGCCUGCACAGGAGGUCCAGCCCAGCUGCCGACGUCCAGGAAGAAAACCUCUAUGCUGCCGUGAAGGACACAGAGCCUGAGGACGAGGUGGAGCUGGACAGUCCGCAGAGCCCACAUGACGAAGACCCCCAGGGAGUGACAUAUGCCCAGGUGAACCGCUCCACACUCAGACGGGGAGUGGCCUCCCCUCCUUCCCCACUGUCUAGAGAAUUCCUGGACAUGAAGGACAAACAGGAGGAGGGGGACAGGCAGAUGGAGAGUCAGUGGGUCCUUUCCUCCCCAGGAUCCCAGGCCUCCCCCACCCCAACCACGUACCUUCCCUCUCACUCUCCCCCACUUCAGGCUGCCGCAUCUGAAGACCCCCAGGACGUGACCUACGCCCAGCUGCACAGCUUGACCCUCAGACGGGAGACAACUGCGCGUCCUUUGUCCCAGGAGGGAGACCCUCCAGCUGAGCCCAGCGUGUACGCUGCCCUGGCCAUCCACUAGCCCAGGAGGGACCCAGACCCCACACUGCGCGGAGGGAGACUCAGGGACCCUAAAAGCACAGGAGCUGCCCUCGGGGGACACUAACCUGUGAACCCCAGCCUGGACCCCUGACAAAGACCACCAGGAGGUUCUGCGAACUUCUGGGAGUCACCUCACUCUGCAGUCAGAGAUAAAUAGUAUCCAGGUCUACAUUUUGUAAAUAAAGCAACAGACUUCUCAAUAA